AUGUCUAGUGAAGACCACGUUGAAGACGAGGGUGGCUUCGAACCUAAUGAAGAUCAGUUCGAAGUCGACGGGAGAAGCAAAAAGCGGCGGAAGGCCAUCAAACAAUGCCUUUUUUGUCGAAAGCGCAAACUCAAGUGCGACAAGAAAAAGCCCAUGUGCACGACUUGCGUUACGAGGGGGCUUGGCGAAUGCAUAUACGUCGAGCAGUUUGGACGCGACGUGAGCGCCAGAGAGCUACUAAACUCUGCCCCCAAUGUGGACCUGUUGAACAAGAUCAAGGCGCUGGAGAAAGAACUUGACUCAUACAAACAUACCUCUCUAACUAAGGGGGAAGGCUUCAAUCCACUACGUGACGUUCAAAUACUAAUAAAGAAGGAUGAAAGAACGAUAUAUCAUGGCUGUACAAGCUUCAGGGCUGCUCUAAGCGAAAGCCGCUUUAAGUUCAGCACUUAUCAUGCCUUUUUUUGGGCAAGAGUCAAAGACGACAGGCGUCGUUGGAAAGCCUUGAAUGGAUACACAACUCUCAAAGAAAUCACAGUUAUAGAAAAGGAGCGGGAUAAUGGACUUUCGGUGUUGGGAGCGGUUUGCAAAGCGUUACCACCUUUUGAACAAAUUGAGGCCAUUGUCAAAAAGUUCUUCACAAGUAUUCUCCUUGAGGGAUAUAAGGUUUUAGACAUGAAAAAGACCUUGCAAAACUUGCACAUGAGUUUUAUACGGGGUCCUCAAAACCCAAUCACAGGCAUGCAUCCUGUCAUUCACCUGUGGCCCUCCUUCAAGAAAAAUUACUAUUGCAUAGGGAUUAUUCUCGAGAUUAUGUGUCUUAUGAGCUAUAGCAGUGUUAUCCCCGAAGCUAUCGAUGUCUUCAACAAAUAUCUUACCUCGUUUGUCACAAAAAAGGCUUUCUAUAUCGAGCGGGUACAAUAUUUGUUCCUAAGGUAUCUAUAUAAGAGUCUCAACUACGGGGGUGGGGACGAUAGUAAUUUGGUCUUCCUUGCACAGGCCAUGUCUGCGAGUGCCAUUUGCGUUGGCCUUCACCGAAACAUCCGAGACCUGCUUAAAGGUGACAAUGUGGAUCGCGGCGAUGCCGUGUACUUCGAAAACUUGUGGCUUUGGAUUUUACAAGCCGAUUUGGAGACUUCAUUCAACGUUGGAACGCCACCUAAAAUUGCUGAAAGUUUUGUAAACUACCAAAUGAUUGAAGAUCCGAAUUACGGAAGCUGUGAACUAUUGAAAAACUUGAUCAGGCCAAUGAGAAAUAUUAUGACGGUGAUAUACCUGGAAAAUCGAAUACCUGAUAUGGAAGCUAUAGUCGGUAAAAUCAAGAGGCUUCUGGAAACUCACUUCAAGCCGCUUAAACUUUACAGAGAAAAAGAGAACCUGAAGCAAAUUCCAUUCGUGGAAAUCGACCUCUAUACUUGGCUACUCGGCAUGAUCGGUGUUUUUUCAAAUUUCCGAAGAGUAUAUUUCAAAGAUCACAGCCCUUCGGCUAUUAACAGUGCCUUACAAUUCACGAUACUGCCGCUUGCAAUGUCGAUGAGUACAAUUGAAGCUUUUUUUGAGCUUGAUAAAGAAGCCGCGGCAAAAACACAAGCUCCGUUGCAGGGCGGACUACCAUUCCAUCUUGCAAUAGCAAAUUCAUUGGUUCAGAAGCACUUUCCUAGAUCUUUGAGUGAGAUCUACACUCUCAUGGGCUCCUUGGGCUCUUUUCCUGACUUUGGGACAGCGCGCUUUCAGUAUCCUUUAUCUCCUGUCUUUGAUAUUCCAUUGGACUCCUUAGAGUGUGUUGGAGACCAUUAUGUUUCUUUCAAGCAAGCCUCAGAGGUUAUAGAAAACCUUUUGAGUAAAUGGGAAGAAGAAAAGAACCGCGAUAUGGUGAAGCUUUUGAAACGCUACUCUUAUGCCUUUGUCGUCUCUUAUGCGAUCCAAAAGUCCCACAAAGAUCUCUUUGAUCAGUGCUUCAAAAGAAGAGAGCUUCAGUUUACAAGGGGCGAAGAACAAUCAAAUCCUGAUAUGGAACAAAAGGCGGCCCUACCAUCUCCGUCAAACAGUUUUGGUGGACAAGAGUUUAUACCUGACGAAACAUUGAAAGAGCUUGCUGACGAGUUUUGGAAGAACUAUGAUAUUGAAGUGGAUGAUUUCUUUUCAGACGCUUUUGACCAGACUUCUAUAUGGUUUGAUUCUUCCGCGCAACCACAGCAAUAG